AUGACUAAGUACGUACUAUGGAAAGCGACCAGCGGCGGACCGCUGGACCCCUUUGAAGUAGGAAGUACGCUUGAAACACUGGGAAUUGAAUCGGAGGCAAAACAGCUCAAAGGCGGCGAGUUCAUUAUCCAAUGCGAGUCGCAAGAGCAAACCAAGGAGAUCCUGGCGGUGACGGCACUCCAGGACGGAACAAAAGUGAGGGCGACCACGCACCCAACCCUAAAUGGGUGCAAGUGCAUAGUGAGAUGCCCUGCGAUUAAGAACAGAAACGAGGCGGAUAUACUAGACCGCUUGAAGCAAGAAGGAGUGGUGGGGGUGCAAGGGAUGGGAAGAAACGGAACGUUUCUUCUCACCCUUGCCGUAAACACCCCCCCGCUUACGAUCAAGAUUGGAGCCCUAAGGGUUCCAACCGCUCCCUUUGUACCAAGACCAUUACUAUGCAAACAAUGCUUUGUCUAUGGACACACGAAUAAAGUGUGCCGGAAUAGACCGGCAUGCCAAAUCUGUGGAAAGUAUCAUGAUCAAAAGCAAUGUAGAAAAAGGCCAACCUGCAGGAAUUGCGAAGGAGGCCACCUCCCAACUAGCCGCCUGUGCCCGGUGUGGACACAGGAGAUGGCAAUAAACGAAACAAUUGUCACUAAAAGAAUCUCGGGCAAAGAAGCGCGAGAAGAAUACAAAAGGACUAACCCCGACUAUAUCACACCCCCCAAAUUGGACACAAUGGCCCGUAAAGGUCCAUCCCCCUCGGUCAAAGAGCGAACGCCGAAAAGAAUGAAACCCGAACCAAGCAAGCGUCCAGUGAAGCCGAAACCGAAACCGAAGCCGGAACCCAGGCUGGAAGCCAGUAUCGACCUAACGGAUGAUAACACAACGGAGGACCCGGAAGCACAGGAGAAGGAUUUCACAAGAAAGGCCAUCGCCGACUAUAAGGUCGCCCUAGAGGCGAUCUAUGGGUCGAGCGAUGACUCAGACACGGAUAUGGGAGACAUCAGCGUGAAAACUCCCGCUGUACAAAAGAAAAAGAAGACAAAAGCAUCAAAAUGA